GGCCUUAUAAAGGAACCAGCCGAGGGGCUCCCUGCAGCUGGAGGGACGGGCCGGCGGGACUAUGGCCCAGGGCACGGUGAUCCAUGUGACCCCGGAGGAGUCCACCUAUGCCGUGUGUGUCCUGGGCACCGAAAGUCAGCUGGAUGUCUACAGCUCCGCCCCCACGGGCUGCACGUCCUUCAGCAUCAGUGCCUCCCCAGGAGUGAUCGUGGACGUUGCCCACGGCCCUCCAGCCAAGAAGAAACCCAAGGGCUCCUCCAAGUGGUCCCUGGACCCGAGGCUGGAGGUGAGCCUGAGGGUGAGAGAUGCCAGCAGCAGCACAGGCGACCAAAAGGUCCAGAUUUCAUACUAUGGAUCGAAGACCAGCCCGAUCCAAGCCCUGCUCUAUGUCACUGGUGUCGAAAUCUCCUUGAGCGCGGACAUCACCCGCACCGGCAAAGUGAAGCCUGCCGGAGCCCAGAAAGGCCAGAGGGCCUGGACCUGGGGCCCCCGCGGGCAAGGCGCCAUCCUGCUGGUGAACUGCGACAAGGACAACCCCAAAUCUUCCACCAUAGACUGCAGGGAUGAUAGGGUGCUUGACAGCCAAGACCUACAGGACAUGUCCCUGGUGACCCUGAACACGAACACCCCCAGGGACUUCUUCGCCAGGCACCAGCUGCUGCUCCACGUGGCCAAGUCGGAGAUGGACAAAGUCAGGGUGUUCCAAGCCAGCCGAGGCAAUCAGAUCUCCAGGUACAGGGAGGUCCUGGGGCCAAAGCAGCCCUGUCACCCCCUGGAACUCCCGGGGGGCCAGCACAGCACAGACUUCUAUGUGGAGGGCCUCGCUUUCCCAGACGCCAACUUCCCGGGGCUCAUUUCCCUCGCCAUCUCCCUACUGGACACAUCCAACCCGGAGCUCCCCAAGACCCUGGUUUUCCAAGACAGUGUGGUCUUCCGUGUGGCCCCCUGGAUCAUGACCCCCAACACUCAGCCCCCUGAGGAGGUGUACGUGUGCAGGAUGCUUGAAAAUGCGGACUUCCUUAAGUCGGUGACGGCGCUGACCCAGGAAGCCCAGUGCCAGCUGACCGUGUGCACCAGGGAGCAGAGUGUGGGGGACCGGUGGAUGCAGGACGAGAUAGAGGUCGGCUACAUCCAAGCCCCGCACAAGACACUGCCCGUGGUCUUUGACUCUCCAAGGAACAGAGGCUUGAAGGAGUUCCCCAUCAAGUGCUUGCUGGGUCCCGAUUUUGGCUACGUGACUCGAGGGCCCCAAACAGGAGAGGUUUCUGACCUCGACUCCUUUGGAAAUCUGGAAGUGAGCCCCCCGGUCAAGGUUGGGAGGAAGAAAUACCCUCUGGGCAGGAUCCUCAUUGGGAGCAGCUGCUACCCCAGCAACGAGAGCCAGGAGAUGCACCAGGCCUUGCAGGACUUCCUCGGUGCCCAGCAGGUGCAGGCGCCCGUGAAGCUCUACUCCGACUGGCUGUUUGUGGGCCACGUGGACGAGUUCCUGAGCUUCGUCCCGGUGCACAAGGGCUUCCGGCUGCUCCUCGCCAGCCCCAGGUCCUGCUACAGGCUGUUCCAGGAGCAGCUGAAGGAGGGCCACGGCGAGGCUCUGCUAUUUGAAGGGGUCAAGAAAAAAAAACAGAAAAUAAAGGACGUUCUGUCCAACGAGAAAUUGAGAGGAGAUAAUUCGUACGUGCAGAAAUGCAUUGACUGGAACCGGGAGGUGUUAAAGCGGGAGCUGGGCCUGACCGAGCGGGACAUCGUGGACAUCCCCCAGCUCUUCAAGCUCCAGGAUGACCUCCAAGGGAGACUCAAGGCCGAAGCCUAUUUCCCAAACAUGGUGAACAUGCUGGUGCUGGGGAAGCACCUGGGCAUCCCCAAGCCCUUCGGGCCCAUCAUCGACGACCGCUGCUGCCUGGAGGAGAAGGUGCGGUCCCUGCUGGAGCCGCUGGGCCUCCACUGCACCUUCAUCGACGACUUCUACGCGUACCACCUGCGGCACGGGGAGGUGCACUGCGGCACCAACGUGCGCCGGCGGCCCUUCUCCUUUAAGUGGUGGCACAUGGUGCCCUGAGCCCAUCCCCCCAUCCUGUGCCCUGAGCCUAUCCCCCCACCCCAUCCUGGGCCCCACCCCAUCCUGU